GUGCAAACAGCUGUUUUGCUGUCAAACUAUUCCACUUGUCACUUGCAUAAAAUAAAUAACAUUUAUUUCAUCGCUUAUAUUAAAUUAAAGAAAUACAAACAAUUGUACAAAAAUAGUUGAAAAUGGGUGCAAGACGUGAUGUUGCGACACUUCUUCAACGUGUGCGUGCAUUUUUGUUAGGCCGUGAGCACACACUGGCACUACGUUUCGAAGAAGGUGUAGCCGAUCGCACACAACCACCACCAGAUGUACCUGGUGGUCCAGCACAUUUAAUCGCCGCCAAUUUCUACUACAAACGUGAUCCACGCCGGGAAGUGCAACCACCAAUUGAUCUGGUAAACCAACAGCUGUUGGCUGACAAGGGCACCGCUAAAACAGAAAAGUUACCAACACCUGGCGCAGUUUAUCACUGGGAUUAAAUUAAACGCCAGCUAAAAUUUUUGUUAUUUUUGAGAUAAAUAUGCUUACCAAUACAUAUGAAAUCAAAUAAUGCUCCAGUUAACAAA